UGGGCAACAAUUUCGGAGAAACAUUCGCCGACUAAAACCGUGACGUGACUCUAAAAUAGUCGAAGAAUUUCCACCCUCGACAGCAUUUUCAUUUUCAUGUGUUGAUUAGAUUGCGACCUGUGAUCAUGAGAAACGAAUUCGCAUUUGGGUGAUCGGGAAGUUCAGACCGGAAGAAAGUCCACUCGCCGCCGGUAAUGGAAAGACCAAUUCUUCUCGAAGACUUCGGUCAGAAGGUAGAUUUGACGCGUCGGAUCAGAGAGGUUCUGUUGAACUAUCCGGAAGGCACCACUGUCCUCAAGGAACUCAUUCAGAACGCCGAUGAUGCUGGCGCUACCACCGUGCGCUUCUGCCUCGACCGCAGGACACACGGCGUUGAUUCUCUGCUCUCGAGUAACCUUGCCCAGUGGCAGGGCCCCGCUCUGUUGGCCUACAAUGACGCCGUUUUCACGGAAGAAGAUUUUGCCAGUAUUUCACGGAUUGGCGGCAGCUCCAAACAUUCCAAUGCUUGGAAGACCGGUCGCUUCGGGGUUGGCUUCAACUCGGUGUACCAUUUAACUGACUUGCCUUCUUUUGUAAGUGGUAAACAUGUUGUACUGUUUGAUCCCCAGGGUGUUUAUCUUCCAAACAUCUCUAUAGCUAAUCCUGGGAAGCGAAUAGAGUAUGUCAGCUCGUCUGCCUUUUCACUGUAUAAAGACCAAUUUCUUCCAUAUUGUGCUUUUGGUUGUGACAUGAAGAGCCCUUUCCACGGAACUUUAUUUCGUUUUCCUUUGAGGAAUGGAGAUCAGGCUGCAAAUAGUCAGCUCUCUAAGCAGGCUUACCUUGAGGAUGAUAUAUCUUCAAUGUUUGGUCAGCUUUACGAGGAAGGAAUUCUAUCAUUAAUUUUCCUUAAAUGUGUGCUAUCCUUAGAAAUGUAUGUGUGGGAUGUAGGGAUGCCUGAGCCAAAGAGGAUGUACUCCUGCUCUAUCAACUUGACAAACAAUGACGUUGUGUGGCACAGGCAGGCACUUCACAGACUCUCUAAACUAAACUUUUCUUCUGAUUAUGAGAUGGAUGCCUUCCCAUUGGACUUCUUGAGUGAGUCUGUGAUUGGGAAUGUUCCUCAAACAAAAACCCAUAAGUUCUAUGUGGUGCAAAUGAUGGCUUCACCGUCCAGUAGAAUUGGUACUUUUGCAGCUACAGCAGGCAAGGAUUAUGACAUGCAUCUGUUGCCUUGGGCAUCAGUAGCAGCAUGCAUAUCAGAUGAUCCACUUAAUGAUCAUCAGAAGCUUGGACGGGCAUUCUGCUUUCUUCCACUGCCUGUGAAAACUGGAUUUCAUAUUCAAAUUAAUGGAUACUUUGAGGUUUCUUCAAACCGCCGUGGCAUUUGGUAUGGUGAUGACAUGGACAGAGCUGGAAAAGUUCGUUCCGUCUGGAAUAGGCUCGUACUUGAAGAUGUUGUGGCUCCAUGUUUUACGAAAUUACUGCUUUGCUUGCAAAAACUCUUGAAUUCAACAGAAUAUUAUUCUUUAUGGCCUAUUGGCACUUUUGAAGAACCAUGGAAUUUGUUAGUUGAUCAUAUCUAUAGGAGCAUCUGGGAUUCGCCUGUCCUUUAUUCAGAUGUUCAAGGCGGGAGGUGGAUUUCUCCCGAGAAUGCAUUUUUGAAUAAUGUGGAGAUUUUUGGGAGUAAGGAUAUUGCCCAGGUUCUUGUCCAGCUUGGAAUGCCCAUUGUUUCUUUACCAGGUGACUUAUAUGAUAUGAUCUUAAAUUGCAAAUCUGUCACAUGUAAAAAUGUUGUAACACCUGAGUCAGUACGCCAUUAUUUGAGAAAGUGCCAAUCUUUGAAUGUAAUUGACAAAUCUGACAAGUUUAUGCUGUUGGACUAUUGCCUUGAGGAUUUGGUUGAUGCAGAGAUUGGAAUACAUGCAUCUAACCUGCCGUUGCUUCCAUUAGCAAAUGGAGAGUUUGGAUCAUUAUCUAAAUUCUCAAAAGGGGUCACUUACUUUAUUUGCAAUGAGUUGGAAUAUAUGCUUCUUCAACGAAUUUCAGGGAGAUUAAUUGAUCGGAGCAUUCCUGUAAAGCUACUAUCCAGGCUUACAUCUAUAGCAAAUGUGGCAGGAGCAAAUUUGGUUGUUUUUAACAUCAAUGAGUUCAUCCCCUUAUUUUCUGAAUUUGUACCAGCCGAAUGGAAAUAUAGGACAGAGAUUUUGUGGGAUCCAGAUUCCAAUUCUUCCCAUCCUACUUCAUCAUGGUUUCUACUUUUUUGGCGUUACCUUCGUGAGCAAUGUCAAGAAUUAUCCCUUUUUGGAGAUUGGCCUAUAAUACCAUCAGUGUCAGGGCAUUUGUAUAGGCCUCAUGGACAGAAAAACUUGCUUAAUUUAAAAGAUUUGCCUGAGAAAAUGCAACUCAUCCUUAUUAAAAUAGGAUGCAAGAUACUGAACAGUGACCAAGGCUUUGAACACCCCGAUUUAAUCAAUUAUGUGCAUGAUGCUGAUGCUGCUGGAAUCUUGGAUUCAAUCUAUGAUGUGUCUUCUAAUGAUAGUAUUACUCAGUUUCUUCAGUUUCUGGAAUCUAGUGAAAGAGAUGAGCUUCGUCAAUUUCUUUUGAAUCCGUCGUGGUUUGUUGGAAAGCAAAUGGAUGAUUCUCACAUACAGAAUAGCAAGUGGCUACCAAUUUAUAGAGUCUAUGAUGGAGAAUCUGCUGAAAGUUUUAAGUAUUCUGAUUUAGUAAAUCCCCGCAAAUUCCUACCUCCAUUAAAUUGCCCAGAGUGCUUGCUUUCUAGCGAGUUUAUAUAUAAUUUGUCAAGCACUGAAGAAGAAUUGCUAAUGAGAUAUUAUGGUGUUGAAAGAAUGAGGAAGACACAGUUCUAUAAGCUUCAUGUUCUGAAUAGGAUAAGACAGUUGGAAACUGAUGUUCGUAACAGUGUCAUGAUUUCUGUUCUUCAAGAACUACCACAAUUAUGUGCAGAGGAUGUAUCAUUCAGGGAAAGCUUAAAAAUUUUGGAAUUUGUCCCAACUGGUAGCGGCACCCUGAAAAGUCCAUCAAUGCUCUAUGAUCCAAGAAAUGAGGAACUCUCUGCUUUGCUUGAAGAUUAUGAUAGUUUUCCUUCUGGGAUUUUCAGGGAAUCUGUUGUUUUAGACAUGCUACAAGGUUUGGGUCUUAAGACAACUGUUUCUAUUGAUGCUGUUAUACAAGCGGCUAGACAUGUGGAACUCUUAAUGCAUGGAAAGCAAGAAAAAUCGCAUUCAAAAGGGAAGGUACUUCUUUCUUAUCUGGAAGCCAAUGCCUUAAAGUGGCUACCUGACUCAUCGGAUUAUGAUAAAAGCACAGUGAACAGAAUGUUUUCAAGAGCUGCAAAUGCAUUUAAAUCUCGCCAUUUGAAAUCAGAAUUAGAUAAGUUUUGGAAUGAGCUGAGGCUGAUUUCCUGGUGCCCAGUCCUUAUUGAUCCUCCUUACUCUUUGUUACCAUGGCCUACGGUCUCAUCUUUGGUUGCUCCUCCUAAAAUUGUACGACCAUACUCAGACAUAUGGCUUGUAUCCGCAAGCAUGCGUAUACUUGAUGGAGAAUGCUCCUCAUCAGCAUUAUCCUAUCAACUCGGCUGGUUGAACCCUCCAGGGGGGAGUGUAGUUGCUGCCCAGCUUCUUGAACUUGGUAAAAAUAAUGAAAUGGUGUCUGAUGCAAAUCUUCGACAGGAACUAGCUUUGGCAAUGCCAAGGAUAUAUGCUAUCCUGAUGGCCUUGCUUGGUUCAGAUGAAAUUGAUAUUGUAAAGGCUGUCCUUGAAGGUUGUAGGUGGAUAUGGGUUGGAGAUGGAUUUGCUACUUCGAAUGAGGUGGUCCUUAAUGGCCCUCUUCAUUUGGCUCCCUAUAUACGUGUCAUACCUGUUGAUUUAGCAGCAUUCAGUGACUUGUUUUUGGAGUUGGGUAUUCAGGAAUUUUUGAGACCACCUGAUUACGCAAAUAUAUUGAGUAGAAUGGCAACUAAGAAGGGCACCAGUCCUUUGAAAUCUGAAGAAAUUGCUGCUGCUACGUUUAUUGCUCAACAUCUUGCUGAAGCUCACUUUUAUGAAGACCAAACACAUAUAUAUCUUCCGGAUGCAUCUGGCAGGCUUCAUAGUUCAACGGAUUUAGUCUACAAUGAUGCUCCCUGGUUGCUUGAGUCUGAAAGUUCUGAGAACAUAUUUGGCAGUGCAGCUCUAUCUAUGGGUGCUAAGCAGGCUGUACAUAAAUUUGUUCAUGGAAACAUAUCUCAUGAUAUUGCUGAAAAGCUUGGGGUUCGCUCUUUCCGGAGGAUUUUGCUUGCAGAGAGUGCUGAUUCAAUGAAUUUGAGUUUGUCUGGUGCUGCAGAAGCAUUUGGGCAGCAUGAAGCUUUGACAACCAGACUUAGACACAUACUUGAUAUGUAUCCUGAUGGUCCUGCAGUUCUUUUUGAGUUGGUUCAAAAUGCUGAGGACGCAGGAGCUUCUAAUGUGAUCUUUUUGCUGGAUAAAACUCAUUAUGGGACUUCAUCACUACUCUCACCAGAAAUGGGAGAUUGGCAGGGGCCAGCAUUGUAUUGUUUCAAUGACUCUGUUUUCAGUUCACAGGAUCUCUAUGCUAUUUCCCGUAUUGGCCAGGAAAAUAAACUUGAGAAACCUUUUGCAAUUGGAAGAUUUGGGCUUGGAUUUAAUUGUGUUUAUCAUUUCACUGAUAUUCCAGUUUUUGUUUCGGGGGAGAACAUUGUUAUGUUUGAUCCUCAUGCUUGCAACUUGCCAGGAAUUUCUCCAACUCACCCAGGUCUCCGGAUUAAAUUUGUGGGUCGAAAAAUUUUGGAACAAUUUCCUGAUCAGUUUUCCCCGUUUCUUCAAUUUGGGUGUGAUCUUCAACAUUCAUUUCCUGGAACUCUUUUUCGCUUUGCCCUUAGGAAUGCAAAUUCUGCAUCCAGGAGCCAAAUAAAGAAGGAAGUAUAUUCUCCUGCGGAUGUACUAUCAUUGUUUUCUUCUUUUUCCGAAGUGAUUUCUGCAACUUUACUUUUCCUACGCAAUGUAAAGACUAUAUCCAUUUUUGUGAAGGAAGGUCAUAAUAGUGAAAUGCAAUUACUGCACCGUGUUAAUAGGGAUUGCAUUAAUGAGCCAGAGGUUGAAAAAGGUCAGUUUAGUCACGUUUUUAGCUCUAUGUAUGGGAAUCAGUCGGAAGGAUUGAAUAAAGAUCAGUUCCUUCAAAAGCUGAGCAAAUCAAUCAACAUGGAUAUUCCAUGGAGGUCUCAGAAACUUUUGGUGUCAGAGCAGAGCUCCUCUGGUUGUAGGUCAAGCUUGUGGCUAACUAGUGAAAGCUUGGGUAGCUUCCACAGGAAGGAUAAGUCGGCAACUUUCAACAAGAAAUUUUUCAAGUUUGUUCCCUGGGCCUGUAUAGCCACGCCUAUCAAUUCUGUUGAGCAUGAGAAAAAAAUGGGUGGGAGUGAUGAAGUUCUUGACAAUUCUCUUCCUAAUACUGAUGACAUUAUGAAGUUACUUCAAGCUUCCUCUCAUGUUGCACGAAAUUUUGAGGGUCGUGCCUUCUGCUUCUUGCCACUUCCAAUUAGCACUGGUUUUCCCGUUCAUGUAAAUGCUUAUUUUGAGCUGUCAUCAAACCGAAGGGAUAUAUGGUUUGGGGAUGACAUGACUGGGGAUGGUAAGAUGCGUUCAGAUUGGAACAUUUAUCUCCUUGAAGAAGUUGUUGCACCUGCUUAUGGUUAUCUUCUGGAGACUGUUGCAAAGGAAUUUGGCACAAGUGACUUAUUUUUUUCCUUGUGGCCCACCAGUGGAGGUUUUGAACCUUGGACCUUGGUGGUACAGAAGCUCUAUAAAUUUAUCUCUGAGAGUGGUCUUCAUGUGUUAUAUACCAAGGCUCGUGGAGGCCAGUGGAUUUCACCCAAGCAAGCCAUUUUUCCUGAUCAUAAUUUCAAUAAAGCAUGGGAACUGAUUGAAGCAUUGUCUGAUGCUGGUUUACCUGUGGCUAAUCUCCCGAAGGAUAUUGUUGACAAAUUUGUGGAGAUCUCCCCUUCGUUGCAUUUCCUCACACCUCAACUGCUUAGAACUCUUCUAAUUCGAAGAAAGCGUGAAUUUAGAGAUAGAGAUGCAAUGAUCUUAACACUUGAAUACUGCUUACUUGAUCUUAGAAGACCAUUUGCAUCUCAAAGUUUCUAUGGGUUACCCUUGAUACCACUCUCAAGUGGAGCCUUCGCAAAACUGGACAAAAGAGGGUUAGGUGAUCAAAUUUAUGUUGUAAGAGGAGAUGGAUACAGCCUUUUAAAGGAUUCUCUUCCGCAUCAACUGGUAGAUUGUGGAAUCUCUGAUUAUAUAUAUGAUAAGUUGUGUGCUAUAGCUGAAAGUGAAUGUUUCAAUAUAUCUUUUCUGACAUGUCACCUGCUUGAAAAAUUGCUUAUGAGACUACUUCCAGCAGAAUGGCGAAAUGCUAAGCAAGUGACCUGGGUUCCUGAUAUUAAAGAUCAUCCCAGUUUGGAAUGGAUAAGAUUUCUGUGGAGCUAUCUGAGAACAUCAUGUGAAGAUCUUUCGUUGUUUUCUUCCUGGCCAAUUUUGCCAGUAGAAAGUAAUAUUCUCAUACAACUUGUCAAAAAUUCUAAUGUAAUCAGAGAUGGUGGGUGGAGUGAAAACAUGUCAGCAUUGUUGCAGAGAUCCGGGUGCUUAAUCCUGAGGCGUGAUAUCCCGAUUGAACAUUCUCAGCUGAAACAUUAUGUGCAGUCCCCAACAGCAAUGGGUGUUCUAAAUGCACUGCUGGCAGUUCCUAGUGAGCCAGAAGACAUUGAGGGGCUCUUUGGUGAGGCUACGGAUGGGGCACUGCAUGAACUUCGGAGUUUUCUUCUCCAAUCCAAGUGGUUCUUAGAUGGUUUGAUGGAGAGUACUCAUAUCACUGCUAUUAAGCAAAUUCCAAUGUUUGAGUCAUUCAAGAAUAGAAAACUUGUAUCUUUAAGUGGAUCUUUCAAAUGGCUAAAACCGGCAUCAGUACGUGAAGAACUUUUAGAUGAUAACUUUGUGAAAUUGGACUCAGAAAAAGAAAGAACAAUAUUGGAAAAGUUUUUAGGUGUCAAGGAGCCAUCAAGAGUUGACUUCUACAAAGAUUAUGUACUUCCCCGCAUGCCAGAAUUUAUUUCCCAGGAGGGAUCUCUCUCAUCCAUUUUGUCUGACAUUAGAUCUUUAUUUGAGGAGGAUAACACUUGCAAAGCAGUGUUCUCUUCAACAGCUUUUGUUCAGGCAGCAGAUAGAUCUUGGAAAGAGCCAUUCCGACUUUAUGAUCCUCGAGUUCCUGAACUAAAAAUGUUUCUCCACGAAGGAACCUUCUUCCCGUCCGAGAAAUUUUCCAACCCUGAAAUUGUGGAAACGUUAGUCACCCUUGGGCUAAGACAAAAAUUGGGUAUUUCUGGUUUACUUGAUUGUGCAAGGUCAGUUUCAAUUUUAUAUGAAUCAGAUAAUUCAGAAGCUCUGAUACUUGCAAGGAGGUUGCUUUCUUGUUUGAAUGCACUUACGAUGAAGUCAUCAUAUGAAGAUAAUAUGGGGCACUCUGUCAAUGCCAUAGAAUCAGCAGACCUCACACUGUCUGGAUGUGAAGAACAGUUGACUGAUUAUGGUUUUGUGGACUACUUAAUGAAUGAUGUGGAUGCUCAUUCAGCUUUCAAAAGCUUGCUUGAUGAUAUAAAUGGGGAUGAAUUUUGGUCAGAUCUGAGGUCUAUCAACUGGUGUCCUGUAUAUUCUGGUCCGCCUGUUCAGGGCCUUCCAUGGUUGGACUCAUCCAAUACAAUAGCAACACCAGCUGCAACCAGACCUAAAUCACAGAUGUGGUUAGUUUCAUCAAAAAUGCAUCUAUUGGAUGGUGGAUGUUCCAAUAUACUGAUGCAUAAACUUGGUUGGAGGGAUCCUCAGGAUGUGGAGACAUUGGUUGCGCAAUUAGUUGGUUUGUCCGCCAACUAUAAUGAAAUCAGGUUGCAUUGUGAUACUGAACUGAAAAAGCAUAUCCCAUUAAUCUAUUCACAGUUGCAAGAUUAUGUAAAAAAUGAUGAUGAUCUGGAAUUUCUUAAAUCUUCUUUUGAUGGCAUUAAGUGGGUUUGGAUUGGAGAUGAUUUUGUUUCCCCAGACGUGCUUGCAUUUGAUUCACCUGUAAAAUUUAGUCCCUACAUGUAUGUGGUACCAUCUGAGCUGUCAGUAUUUCAGGAUCUGCUUUUAGCCUUGGGUGUCAGACAAAAUUUUAAUGUAUUCGACUAUAUUAAUGUUUUAAAACGAUUGCAGAAUGAUGUAACAGGUGGCACUCUGUCAGCUGAUCAGUUGAAUUUUGUUCAGUGUGUCCUAGAGACGAUCACUGAUAACUACUUGAAUGAGUCAGGAUCAGAAGUUUUCAGUACACUUUUGAUUCCAGACUCUACUGGAGUGCUUAUGGGUGCAGCAGAUCUUGUCUAUAAUGAUGCACCGUGGAUAGAGGGUAAUUCUCUUGUUGGUAAACGUUUCGUGCAUUCUUCCAUCAGCUAUGACCUGGCCAACAGGUUGGGAAUUCAAUCGCUUCGGUCCCUUUCUUUAGUCAGUAAAGAAUUGACUAAGGACAUUCCUUGCAUGGACUAUAACAAAAUUUGCGAGUUACUGGAAUCACAUGGGGACUAUGAAUCUCUUCUUUUUGAUUUGCUUGAAUUGGCUGAUUGCUGCAAAGCGAAAAAACUUUACUUCAUCUUUGACAAGAGGGAACAUCCACGCCAGCUUCUUCUGCAGCAUAAUCUUGCUGAAUUUCAAGGGCCUGCCCUGGUGGCUGUCCUGGAGGGAGCCAGCUUAAGUGGAGAUGAAAUAGCUAGUCUGCAGUUUCGUCCACCAUGGAAUCUGAGGGGUGACACUUUGAACUAUGGAUUGGGAUUGCUGAGUUGUUUCUCAAUUACUGAUCUUCCAUCAGUGAUAACUAAUGGUUGCUUGUACAUUUUUGAUCCUAGAGGUGUAGCAAUCGCAACAUCUUCGACAUGCUCUCCAUGUGCUAAAGUUUUUCCCUUAAGAGGUACAAAAUUGACUGAGCGUUUUCGUGAUCAGUUCAGUCCCAUGCUGAUUAACGAAGAUAUGCCGUGGUCAUCAAUAAAUUCAACUAUCAUACGUAUGCCAUUUUCUUCUAAAUUCUUGGAAGAGGGAGGUGAAUGUGGUUCUGCAGGAAUGAAAACAUUAUUCAACAAGUUCAUGGAACAUGCUCCCAGAAUGAUUCUUUUUUUGAAGUCAAUUUUGCAGGUAUCUUUGUCAACAUGGGAUGAUGGAAACCCGCAGUCAUCUCUUGAUUAUUCAGUUGAUAUUGAUCCUUUAUCUGCUUCUGUCAGAAACCCCUUUUCAGAAAAGAGGUGGAAGAAAUUCCAUCUAUCAAGUAUAUUUGGUAGCUCUACUGCUGCAAUCAAAUUGCAGGUGCUGGAUUUGAACAUGGUUCAGGGGGGAGCUCGAAUUGUGGAUCGAUGGCUUCUUGUGCUCAGCAUGGGUUCUGGUCAAACCAGAAAUAUGGCACUAGACAGGCGGUAUCUUGCAUACAACCUCACACCUGUUGCUGGAGUUGCUGCACAUAUAUCACGGAAUGGUCAUCCUGUCAAAAAUAAUCCUGUAAACACCAUAAUGUGUCCUCUUCCUCUAUCAAGCAGUAUAUACAUACCAGUAACUGUAGUAGGAGCUUUCCUUGUCCGUCAUAAUCGGGGUCGUUACCUUUUUGGAUGCCAAGAUACCAAAGGUGCAUUGGAGGUGCAGUCUGAUGCUGGAAGUCAGUUGAUUGAAGCUUGGAACAAAGAACUGAUGUCUUGUGUUUGUGAUUCCUAUGUUAGACUGAUACUUGAUAUGCAAAAAUUACGGAAAGACCCAUUAACUUCAGCUCUUGAGCCUCCUAAAUUAGGCUAUUCAGUUAGUUUAAUUCUGAAUUCGUAUGGGGAUGAAAUAUAUUCAUUUUGGCCCAGGUCAACAGGAAACUUCCAGGCUAAACAAUCUAUUGACAGAGAAUCAACUACCAUGAUACCUCAAGCAGACUGGGAAUGCUUAAUUGAACACGUUAUUAGGCCUUUUUAUGUUCGUCUUGUUGAGCUACCUGUUUGGCAGCUGUCUUCUGGAAAUUUAGUUAAAGCUGCCGAUGGUAUGUUUCUCUCACAACCUGGAAUUGGAGUAGGGGACAACCUCUUACCUGCAUCUGUUUGUGCUUUUGUCAAGGAACAUUAUCCUGUAUUUUCAAUCCCUUGGGAGCUGGUCACUGAAAUUCAAGCUGUAGGCAUUGCAGUCAGAAAUAUCAAACCAAAGAUGGUACGGGACCUUCUUCGUGGCUCUUCACCUGCUGGUGGUAGUUGGCCAAUAGAUACCUAUAUAGAUGUUCUCGAAUACUGCUUAUCUGAUAUCCAGCUUCUUGAGUCAUCUGGAUCAAGUGAACUUCAGACAUCAAGGAACUUGAAUAAUUCUGAUGUCGGUUCGAUGACCGAAGAAGAAGAUAGUCAUUCCUUUGUUGCACCAGGCAUAAUUUCCCGAAGGCGUGGCAUUGCUUAUCCUUCGGUCAAUUCUGGAGGAGAUGCUAUUGAAAUGAUGACAAGUUUAGGAAAGGCCUUAUUUGAUUUGGGCCGUGGUGUUGUUGAAGAUAUGGGCAGGACAGGAGGUUCCUUGUCUUUGACUGGGAGUACUAGUUAUGGUUCCUAUGGCAUCAAUACAAUUGAGGAUCAGAAGUUUUUGAAUAUCUCAUCUGAAAUGAAAGGCUUACCCUGUCCAACUGCAAAAUCUAGUCUGAGCAAGUUGGGGUUUACUGAAAUUUGGGUUGCAAACAAAGAUGAACAAUGUCUGAUCACUUCUUUUGCAGGGAAGUUCAUCCAUCCAGGAGUGCUAGAGAGACCUGUCCUGCGAAAUAUUUUCUCUAAUCGCUCCAUUCAAUCAUUCUUGAAACUCCAACCUUUUUCUCUUCGCUUGCUUGCCUCCCACAUGAAAUCCGUUUUCGAUGAUAAUUGGGCAAAUCAUGUAAUUUACUCAAAAACUGCUCCCUGGUUUUCAUGGGAAAGAACUGCUAGUUCUGGAAGUGAAGCGGGCCCUUCUCCUGAGUGGAUUAAACUCUUCUGGAAGAUUUUUCGAGACUCAUCAGAUGACAUCUCUCUGUUUUCUGAUUGGCCUCUUAUUCCUGCCUUUCUUGGUCGUCCAAUCUUGUGCCGUGUGAAAGAACGGCAUCUUGUCUUUUUUCCUCCGACCAUCAGUAUUUUGAACUCUUAUGACACUGUUGGUACAUGUGAAGUUAGUCACUCUGAUCUAAGUUCAGAGUCUUCUGAGCUUCAACCAUUCUUGUUGUCUUUCAAGGCUAUAGAAGAAAAAUAUCCUUGGUUGUUCCCAUUGCUUAAUAAAUGCAGUGUUCCAAUAUUUGACGCCAAUUACUUAGAUUGUGCUUCUUCAUCGAAGUGUUUACCAGUUGAUGGGCAGUCUUUGGGUCUUGUUAUUGCAUCCAAGCUUGUAGCAUCUAAACAAGCUGGAUAUUUACCUCAACCAGUGUCCUUAUCUGAUUCUGAUCGAGAUGAACUCUUCAAUUUAUUGGCUUCUGAUUUCUCUUCAUGUGGCACUGGUUAUGGAAGGGAAGAGCUUGAAGUGAUACGUGAACUUCCUAUUUAUAGGACAGUUUCAGGCACGUAUACUCAAUUGGGAGGCCGGGAUAUUUGUAUGAUCUCAUCAAACACAUUUCUUAAGCCAUCUGGUGAUCAGUGCCUUUCUCACUCAACCAGUUCAACUGGAAGUCGUUUACUUCGAGCCCUAGGCAUUCCUGAAUUGCAGGAUCAGCAGAUCCUUAUAAAGUUUGGAUUACCUGGGUUUGAGCAAAAACCUCAGCUUGAGCAGGAGGAUAUCUUGAUAUACAUUUACACAAAUUGGAAUGAUCUUCAGUUAGAUUCCUCUGUAAUUGAGGUGCUUAAAGAUACAAAAUUUGUGAGAACAGCGGAUGAACUGUCAGAACACCUGUGUAAACCCAUAGAUUUAUUUGAUCCAGGUGAUACAUUAUUGACAUCUGUCUUUUCUGGAGUGAAGAAUAAAUUCCCUGGAGAAAGAUUCAUUUCUGAUGGAUGGCUUCAGAUUUUGCGGAAAACUGGUAUCCGAACUUCAAAUGAAGCAGAUGUUAUUCUAGAAUGUGCUAUGAGAGUGGAGCAACUUGGAGGUGAAUCUCCAAAGCACGCAGAAGUUUUUGAUGAAUUUAAUGUUUGGAACUUGGAGAAUGAAGUGUCUUUUGAUGUCUGGGCAUUGGCAGAAACUUUGAUCAAAACAAUAUUUUCUAAUUUUGCUGUGCUGUAUGGAAACAACUUCUGCAACCGCCUUGGAAAGAUUGCUUGUGUUCCAGGUGAAAAGGGCUUUCCAAAUAUAGUUGGCAGAAGAAGUGGGAAGAGAGUUCUUUGUUCCUACUCUGAAGCUGUAGUGAUGAAGGAUUGGACUCUUUCUUGGAGUUGUUCACCAAUUCUUUCAAUACAAAGUGUUGUACCCCCUGAGUAUGCUUGGGGGCCGCUACAUUUAUCAAGUCCUCCUCCUUUUUCUACUGUGCUUAAGCACCUUCAGGUUAUUGGAAAAAAUGGUGGGGAGGACACUCUUGCUCAUUGGCCUGCUGAUUCAGGUGUCAAAACAAUUGAUGAAGCUGCCCUCGAGGUGUUGAAGUAUCUGGGCAAAAUCUGGGGUUCUUUGUCUUCCUCAGAUAUUGCAAAGCUGAAGCAAGUUGCCUUCCUUCCAGCGGCCAAUGGUACUCGUUUGGUGACCGCAAGCUCUCUUUUUGCACGCUUGGAGAUAAAUUUGUCCCCAUUUGCAUUUGAACUCCCUUCCAUUUAUCUCCCUUUUGUAAAUAUUCUCAGAGACUUGGGCCUUAAGGAUUCACUAUCUAUCGCUUCUGCAAGAAAUCUUCUUUCGGAUCUUCAAAAAGUUUGUGGUUACCAGCGCCUAAAUCCUAAUGAAUUCCGUGCUGCUGUUGAAAUUUUGCGUUUCAUAUGUGAUGAUAAGGACAGCUCAGGGAUCUCCAACUGGGAUUCCGAAGUAAUUGUUCCUGAUGAUGGCUGCAGGCUUGUCCAUGCUAGAACAUGUGUAUAUGUGGAUUCUCUUGGCUCACACUACGUCAAACAUAUUGAUACUUCUAGGCUAAGGUUUGUUCACCAAGAUCUUCCAGAGAGAGUGUGUGAGAUCCUUGGCAUCUCAAAGCUCUCUGCAGUUGUCAAAGAGGAGCUGGACCACAGCGAAGAUUUAUGCAAUUUGGAAUGUCUUGGUACUGUUUCACUUACUGCAAUCAGACAAAAAUUAUUGAGCGAAUCAUUUCAAGUUGCAGUAUGGAAAGUACUAAAUAGUGUUGCUAGGGCGAGUUCAGGAUUGGGUUUUGCAGAUCUGGAGAAGGUCCGAAAGUCUUUGGAAUCUGUUGCAGAAAGAUUGAAGUUUGUUCAAUGCUUAUACACUCAUUUCCUCUUGCUUCCAAAGUCAGUGAACAUUACUCUCGUGGCUAAGAACACCAUUCUCCCAGAAUGGGAAGACGUAUCAAAACACAGGGCACUGUACUUCAUAGAUCAGUCCAAAACUUGCAUCUUGGUUGCUGAACCUCCAAAGUAUAUAGCAGUUGCCAAUGUAAUUGCAGCUGUUGUAAGCCACAUUCUAGAUUCACCAAUCUCGCUGCCAAUUGAAUCUUUCCUGCUUUGCCCCGAAAGCACUGAGCCUGCGCUCCUUGAUUCCCUGAAGCUUUGCUCUCACAAAAGUGACCGAGAGUUCGCAUGUGGAAUAGACUCUUUGCUAGGAAAAGAGAUAAUGCCCCAAGAUGCUAUCCGGGUUCAAUUCCACCCUUUGAGACCAUUCUACAAAGGGGAGAUAGUGGCUUGGAGGUCUUCAAAUGGAGAAAGGUUGAAAUAUGGAAGGGUUCCUGAAAAUGUCAAGCCAUCCGCAGGACAAGCAUUAUACAGAUUCAUGUUGGAAACCUCACCAGGGGUCACUGAACCUAUUCUCUCUUCAAAUGUUUUCUCAUAUAAAAAUAUUUCAUAUGGCAGUGCUGAAUCAUCAGAUACCAAUCUAGAAGGAUAUAAUACAGUUAAUGAAAGCACAAGACCAGAAACUUCUGGAGAAGUCAGGCCAAGGCACUUUCAGCCGCAGCCAGUACAAGACCUUCAGCAUGGCAGAGUGUCAGCUGCAGAACUGGUCCAAGCAGUUCAUGAAAUGCUUGCAACAGCCGGAGUUAAUCUUGAUGUGGAGAAACAGUCACUAUUGCAGAACACAUUAACUAUGCAAGAACAACUGAAGGAAUCUCAGGCAGCACUAUUACUGGAACAGGAAAAGAGUGAGUCGGCAGCCAAAGAAGCUGAGACUGCAAAAGCAGCCUGGUCAUGCCGAGUGUGCUUGAACAAUGAAGUGGAUGUGACAUUAAUUCCAUGCGGUCAUGUACUGUGUAGGAGAUGCUCUUCUGCAGUUUCAAGGUGCCCGUUCUGUCGCAUCCAAGUAUCGAAAACCAUGAGAAUAUUUCGGCCUUGAUUUGAAUGAGGUUUCUUUAUCUAACCUUUUAUUCAUUUUUAGUUGCAUUAGUUGUCAUACAGAGCUCUAUGAAUAUUUUUCUGGUUUGUCCACCCCUCUGUGUAUAUUUUUGUAUAUAGACAAAUCAACGUCGAGGUCUUACAUACUUUGGGGCAUUGAGAUUUCUUUUGCUAAAUUUUCUCUUCAAGGGAGAAGGGUAUUCUUUAAACAACCUUUGGAUUUUGAUGGGUAUCCUAUUGUGUGUAUCUUUAAAACAUUAUUUGUCUCUAGAUGCCAACUUUGUGCUGCAACAAAACAGUGAUUCCAUUAGCUUUGCACGUGUACUUAUUCAGUUCAAGAA